AUGACGCGCCCCUCGCCAGGAUCCGCCACUGGCAAGGCCCGCGACGAUCCCGAAAUCAAUCCAAACUCGUUCCAUGACUUCCACAUGGCAAGACGAAGGCCCAAGAACGUCCCAGACAAAGUCAUACCCGUCAUGGCCACAUCGAACGAACAGCUUGAAGGGCAACAAGCCGCCGCCGUCGCCGCCAGUGUGCCCAAACACCCAGGCCACCCAUACGCCGAGACAAAACACAUCAAGUACGACUUUUUCAACCAACGAACGUCCAAUGCACCAUUUGGCUAUGAACAUUUCGUGUCUGUCCCGCCAAAUUACGACGAGGAUGUGAAUAAAAAAUGGCCAUUGAUUUUGUUCCUGCACGGGGCAGGCCAGUCUCAACGCGGACGGAACGAAUCAUAUUUUUCCUUGCGCCACGGCAUUCCGAAAGUGAUUCUCUGCUAUGAUCAAUACAAGGCGCGAACAGACUCAGGGGGCCUCACCGAGAACGUUUCGACAACUUCGUCAUCGCCGCCGCCGCCAUCAAUAAACAUCCCCGUAGCAGAACGGUUCAAACGAUCCAAACAGACCAAACAAGGCGACAAAUCAUACGACCCUGUCCCCAUCGAAGUUUGUGAGCUGGUCGCAGAGAAUUUCAUCACGGUGACCCCCUCGCUAAACAUGGACUGGGGAUACGGCUGGAACGCAUCGAUCCUGUCGGCUUUACUGGAUGAAAUCGUUCAACGAUACAAUGUUGAUCUGGACAGAAUCCACGUCACUGGAUUCAGCAUGGGCGGCUACGGAACGUGGGAAUUGGCAUUACAUACUCCGCAUCGGUUUGCGACUGUCAUGCCCAUCUGUGGCGGAGGAGAUGAUUUGAGAGUGAGCCAUAUCAAGCAUUUGCCUCAUUGGAUCCACCACGGCGACCUCGACGACAUAAUUCCCCUCCGCGCCUCUCAGAAAAUGGUCACGGCUCUCCAAAAGGCCGGCGCCCCCGACGUCAAUUUUACUAGGUACCCAGAUCUCAAACAUGACAGUUGGACCGCCGCGUAUAAUAAUCCAGAGGUAUAUCGAUGGAUGUUAGGGCAUCGACGGCAGGUGAAGGGGGAUGAGGAAGUGGUUCCGGUUGAGAAUAAGGUUGUGGUGGGUUGA